AUGUUGCGUGAACGUAACACAUUCGUGCUAAAGGCUCGUAGUGGUAGCAACGAACGACAGCAUGCGUUAACGCUGCAUGUGAACUUAAGAGAGCAAGAUUUGAGUCAUUUUAAUGGCACACAUGAAACAGGAGGAGCUAAAACAAUUGAGCGAUUGCUGGAGCUACUGGAUGAAGAUGAAGCUUUUCAAGCGCUUGUGCGGGAAAUUGAUGACCUUCGACAGAUGAACCAACUCGUCAAGAGCAAGGCCAAGAAUGGGACACAUACGCUCGAGCUUCCGGAUGUGACGGUUCAGUGGCAGGUGGUGGAGGAAGCAGGAAAGUACCGUCCCGUGCCCGUGAGAAAGCUGGUUGUGGCUGUUUGGAUGUACCCGCCUCACGUCAAGAUCCCUCCGACGGGGGAACGGAUUCCCUCCAGCGACGUUGCCAAGCAGGAUUUUUUUGUCGAAGAAAACAACGACAGUGUCGAGGAAUCUGCUUGCUCGGAGUGA